GGGCCGUUGUGCCAAUGAUGUCAAUUUCUUAAAAGAAGUGAUUAAAUAAAAGAUUGAUUUCCGGACAAGAACAGCCCAAAAAAUGAUGCUAGACAAUAGUGAUCUUUCAAGCAAAUAUGAUACUCGGUAUUCCUUCUCCUGUUCGUGCUGUCCCUAUGGCUAUCACAUAGACCUGGACUUUGUUAAGUAUUGCGAGGCGAUGAAACUCACAGCAUCGCCACGCCGACAACGUAGGCGUCAACGUCAAUCUAUGAGCAGAAUGAUGGGCUUUUCAGACGUAAAUGAAUUGCUUUUUGAUGCUGUAAAUAAUUUUGAGGUAACAUUGGACACCCCACAAUUGGGAGGGGCCAUGGAAUAUAUGCACCAGAAAAUGGCACGUCACAUCGCACGCAUCGGAAGCCUCGAAGAACAACUGAAGGUCAUGCCUGCACUGUGGUUACAAAUCGAUAUAUUGACUGAAGAAAAACGGCGAUUGGAAAGUCGUCAGACACCAUGUACACGUGAUGUUGGUUGUCAGUCGGCAGCGCAGGCCUCGAUUCAUAAUUCUACAUCAACGGAAGUACCAUCUGUAGCCACUAAAGAGUGCCAAUGGUCUCCCAUAAUGGAUACACGUGCUGUACAAACUUUAGAUUCAGUAGUACAUAACGUUACAACGUUGACUGACCCAGACCCAGUAUCAGAAGAGCCAUCAAAACCAGUAAUUGAAUUGUAUUCCCAGAGUCAGCAGACAAAUGAAAUGAUUAUGGCAAACGCACGAGUACAAACUGACAUACCUCAAAGUCAUAAUAAAGCCAUACAAACUGUUACCAACACGCUGAGCGCUACUACGCAAACUGAGAUAGAAGAGUGGUCAACAAAAAUUGUAUGUGAAAGCACGGAAUCAGAGAAAGAAUCUGUUAAAUCACCCUUAUCAGCCAUCAAUGAAGACUCGGAGAGAGAAACAUAUAGUAGUGUUGCUACGUGUGACAUUGAGAGCUACGAUGAUGAACUUAUUGUAUUGCCAUCAAGAGAGAUGUUAAGCGCUGUCGAGUCCAUUGGAGAUGCGCUGGAACGUGAAACUGAUGCUUAUAGUUUGGCACAUGUUAAUGCCAUGGCUCGGCGUGAGUGGUUUCACGUAGCCAGCACAGAGAGCGCAAAUGCUGGUACUGUACGCGCUUACCUAGCUGCUUUUGAAGCCCAUUCAACUGCUGUACUGACAUACAUGAUUACUUUGGCUGAUGCCAAUGGCAAUACAGCACUUCAUUACGCUAUCUCGCAUGGGAAUUUUGCAGUAGUGGAAGUGUUGCUAGAAAGUGGUUCUUGUGACGUUAACCGCUGCAACAAUGCGGGUUAUACAGCUAUAAUGCUUGCAAGCCUUGUUCCAUUGCAGUCGUUAGAGUCACGGUCUAUCGUGGAGCGUCUAUUCCAACAUGCAGACGUAAAUGUGCGUGCACGCAAGCAUGGCCAGACUGCACUAAUGCUAGCUGUGAGUCAUGGUAACACAAAUAUGGUAGCACUAUUAUUAGCCGCAGGUGCAGAUGUGAACGCGCAAGAUGAGGAUGGUAGUACGGCGUUGAUGUGUGCCGUGGAGCAUGGUAAGAUGGAUAUUGUGAAGAUCCUUCUUGCUCAGCCCAAUUGCGACUCAAGCAUCCAGGAUAUGGACGGAAGCACAGCAUUGAAAAUUUCACUUGAUGCAGGAUAUCACGACAUUGGCAUUCUUCUGUAUGCUCAUGGAAGAGCAGUGCACCAUCGUAAUAUUUCUUGAUAGCUACUAACUAUUCACUAAUUUAAGUGAAUAUAAAAAGAGUUAAGUAUAUAAAAAAUUCGAUUGACAUCGAGACUGGGCUGAACUCAGAAGAAAAGCUGGAUGUGGUUAGUGUCUCAGCUAGCAGAAAAAACGUUAAAAUUCAAAUUUUCUACGUAAAACUUGCCAGACCACGCCGAACUUGCAGGAAAUCAUAGAAAGUCUAUGACAACCCGAUUUUUCGGGAAAAAUAUUACAUCAGUGAGAAGUAAUUUGCAGUUUAAGAUUUUAUUAGCUCUAUUAAUUGUUUUGUUUUCAUACAAAUGUAGAACGAAGUUACAAGUUGUGAAAAAAAUAUCGGCCACCGCUGUUAGUUGGGAAAAACGCGAAUUUUCAAAUUUGCUGUCUUUCCUGCUCCACCUAAACUCAGACCAGGCGUUAGAAAAUUCUGGGUGGUGCCAAAUUUUUCCGGCAGGCACCUUGAAUCCUGGUCACCAUGAAACUCUCAGAGCAAACGGAAUUUUGGGAAAUAGCUAUUUUGUGCAUUUUCUAAUGAAAAAUCACCUAAUUCCGGGUUUAAUUGGACUUUUAUGUUAUCUGGUAUUUUCAGCUUGGUCUCGAAUGUUUCUCUGGUUUUUCUAUAUUUCACGCUGAAAAUUUGAAUUAUCGAAUUAACAGAUAUCCGAGACACUUUGAUAAUUCGAUUAGCUUUUCCGCUGAAUUCUGCUCAGUUUUGUUUCUAACUUAAAUAAUAAGGUAACUUUAGUGCUUUUUUGUAUUUUAUUAACAAGUAAAAUAAAUUUUUAAAAAUCUAUGUACCACGCAAAAAAAACCCUAAUAAAACUAAAUGCUAAUCUAA